AUGAAAUUGGAUAUUAAUAAACCCUUCAGUAAUAGAUCUGAUAGAGUUAAAGGUAUUGAUUUCCAUCCUACCGAACCUUGGGUUUUGACUACUUUAUACUCAGGUCGUGUAGAAAUUUGGAAUUAUGAAACGAAACAAGAAGUCAGAUCUAUUCAAGUCACAGAGACUCCUGUCAGAACAGGUAGAUUUAUUGCAAGAAAAAAUUGGAUUAUUGUCGGUAGUGAUGAUUUUAAAAUUAGAGUUUUCAACUAUAAUACUGGCGAAAAAGUUGUUGAUUUCGAAGCUCAUCCAGAUUACAUCAGAUCCAUUGCAGUGCAUCCAACUAAGCCAUACGUUUUAUCUGGUAGUGACGAUUUAACUGUGAAAUUAUGGAAUUGGGAAAAAUCUUGGGAGCUGGAACAGCAAUUUGAUGGUCAUACUCAUUUCGUUAUGUGUGUUACUUUCAACCCAAAGGAUCCAAGCACUUUUGCUUCUGCAUGUUUAGAUAGAACUGUUAAAGUUUGGUCUUUAGGUCAACAAGAUCCAAAUUUCACUCUUGUCACAGGUCAAGAAAAGGGUGUCAAUUAUAUAGAUUAUUAUCCAUUGCCAGAUAAACCAUAUAUGAUCACUGCUUCCGAUGAUCUAACCGUUAAAAUAUGGGAUUACCAAACUAAAUCUUGCGUUGCCACGUUAGAAGGUCACAUGUCUAAUGUUUCAUACGCAGUUUUCCACCCAACUUUGCCAAUAAUCAUCUCAGGUUCCGAAGAUGGUACAGUAAAGAUCUGGAAUUCUUCCACUUAUAAAUUAGAAAAAACUUUAAACAUGGGUUUGGAAAGAAGUUGGUGUAUUGCUCAACAUCCAACCGGUAAGAAGAACUAUAUUGCAUCAGGUUUUGACAACGGUUUCACUGUCAUAUCGUUAGGUAGUGACGUACCAAUUCUUUCGUUAGACCCUGUCGGUAAAUUAGUAUGGUCUGGCGGUAAGAAUGCCACUGCCAACGAUAUAUUCACCGCUGUUAUUAGAGGUUCAGAAGAAACCGAAGAAGGUGAGCCGCUUGCUUUACAAACAAAAGAGUUAGGUUCAGUAGAUAUUUUUCCACAAAUUUUAACACACUCUCCAAAUGGUAGAUUCGUCACCGUUGUCGGCGAUGGUGAAUAUGUGAUUUAUACUGCUUUAGCUUGGAGAAAUAAAUCUUUUGGUAAAGCUCAUGAUUUUGUUUGGGGUCCUGAUUCGAAUAGUUAUGCUCUAUUGGAUGAAAACAGACAAGUUAAAUAUUAUAAGAAUUUUAAAGAAGUCAUGUCAUGGUCCAUCCCAUUAAACUAUAAUAUAGAAAACUUAUACACAGGUUCUUUAUUAGGUGUAAAAUCAGAUGGCUUUGUUUACUUUUUCGACUGGGAAUCUGGUGCUUUAAUAAGAAGAAUUGAUAUUGAUGCCGAUGAAGUUGUUUGGUCAGACAAUGGCGAAUUAGUUAUGUUAAUGUCAUCUAAUUCUGAAUCCAGAGACGAUGGUCCAAAAGCUUACUCAUUAUUAUACAACAGAUCUGUCUUUGAAGAAGCAGUUGCUAAUGGUGUAACUGGUGAUGAAGAUGGUGUCGAAGAUACCUUUGAUGUUUUACAUGAAUACAAUGAACAAAUUACUUCUGGUAAGUGGGUUGGUGAUGUCUUCAUUUAUACCAAUGCUAAUAGUAGAUUGAAUUACUUCGUUGGUGAUAAAUCUUACAAUUUGGCACAUUUCUCAAAAGAAAUGUACUUAUUGGGUUACUUAGCUCGUGAUAAUAAGGUGUACUUAGCUGAUAGAGAAGUACAUGUCUAUUCCCAUGUCAUUUCCUUAGAUGUCUUAGAAUUCCAAACUUUAACUUUAAGAGGUGAAUUGGAUCUUGCUAUAGAAACUGUAUUGCCAAACAUUUCUGAAAAGGACACUUUAUCCAAAAUUUCAAGAUUUUUAGAAGGUCAAAAAUAUUACCAGGAAGCAUUAGACAUUUCGCCAGAUACCAAUCAAAAAUUUGAAUUAGCUUUGCAAGUUGGUAACAUAACUUUAGCUCACGAACUUUUAGGGGACUCCGAUAAUGAAUUAAAGUGGAGAUCGUUAGGUGACAUUUCAUUACAAAGAUUUAACUUCAAGCUAGCCAUUGAUGCAUACUCCAAGGCUCAAGAUCUUGAAUCUCUAUUUUUAUUACAUUCUUCGUUUAGUAAUAAAGAGGAAUUAGUUAAGUUAGGUCAAACAUCUGAAGCUUCUGGUAAAUACAAUUUAGCAUUCAAUUCGUAUUGGGCUGCUGGUGAUAUCACUGCUAUUAAAGAUUUAUUAGUAAAAUGUGAAAGAUUAUCAGAAGCUGCCAUUUUCAGUGCCACAUAUGGAGUUGAUUCCAACGAAUUAUCUAAUAUCGUUGAGGAAUGGAAGAAAUCUUUGGUAUUAUCUGGUAAAAAUGAUAUUGCCAAGAGAAUUCUACCAUACAACGAUACCAGUAGUAAUGGUAAGAGUCUAAUUGAUUUAGAUCCCACUCUUGUCGAAUCAGAAGCAGCUACACCAGAAGAGCCACUAGAAGUUGAGGAAAAAGCAGCAGCUGAGGAAGAAGUCGCUCUGGAAGAACAAGAAGUUGAAGAAGCUGAACUUGUUGAAGCUUAA